AUGGUCUGUUUCGACCCACGUCUUCUUGUUUUCGAGUUCCUGUGCAACAUGCUGCUUCGGGAGGGCCAGGUGAGGCUUUUGGGAACAUUCCUGCAGCGAGCUGCGCAAGGGCAGUCUCUUUGCCAUCAGAUGAUCAUGGGAGCCGGAAAGACUACAGUGAUCACACCUCUUCUGGUUCUCCUGCUUUCGAAUUGUCAGCGGUUAGUGUGCGCGUGCAUGCCAGCCGCGCUAUUGGAGAUGUCGAGAUCAGUUCUCAUUGAGCGCUUUUCCUCACCUGCGCUGAUGAAAGCGGUUCUCACUUUGCAGUUUGACCGUUCCACAGUGCCGUCUCUGGCACUUUGCCAGAAGAUCUUGACAGCGGAGCAGAGACAAGCUGCCAUGGUCCAGCCCUCAGCGGUGCCACAGGGCCCAUGGUCAAUUUAUGGGCCAGCCAAGAAGCAUACGGUGGCGACCCCAACCGCCCCGUACUCAACAUUCCAGCGACUGCACGUUUGUGAAGCGCGGCGUGAAGUGCUUCAGCACACAAAGUCUUUCUUGCGAACAGACGAGACGUCCAGCGGACACUUGAACGACCCCUCCUCCUGCUCCCACCAACGGGCACUGCGAGUACUGGAAUGGGUUUGCGAGCCGCGAGUGAAAAACCCGCGCCGGCUGAUGCUCAUCAUGCUGGCGCCAAGUGCAUUGAUUAACGUCGAGUUGAUGCAUCUCCUCCGGAAUCAGAAGCUCCCAGGACCGGAAGAAGAGAGCGCCAAGAGCCAGCAAGUGCAGUAUUGCAACCAGGCACACCCUGCAGCGUUUUUGAGUUAG